CGGCCUCUCUGCCGGGGCGGGCGCCGAUCCAGGGCGACGCCGCUUCCCUCCGCUAUGCAGCGCAACCCAGCGCCCGCCGUGCUGGUCACCACCAGGCAAAUUCAGAAUACGCACACGGGGCUGGAUUUGUCCGUGCCGGAGUACCAGGAAAUCUGGGGGAAGAUGAUGUCUGGCCAUGUAGAAUAUCACAUUGUCGUUGUUACUCGACUGGCUGCCUUCAAAUCAGCAAAACACAAGCCUGAAGACGUAGUUCAAUUUAUGGUUUCCAAGAAGUACAGUGAGAUAGAGGAGCUCUACCACAGACUGGCAGCACGAUAUCCACAGGCUUCUCUUCCACUCUUGCCUAAAAAAGUUCUCUUUGUGGGGGAAUCUGACAUCUGUGAACGAAGAGCUAUGUUCAACGAUAUCAUGAAAUUCAUCUCAAAAGAUGAGGAUUUAGCAAGAAGUCCUGAGUUACUGGAAUUUUUAGGAACAAAAUCUACUAGUGCCACUGACUUCAAGGGUAAAAACAUUCCUGAUGACAGGGAGAACGAUGAAGAAAAUGAGGCAUUUGAUUUUUUCAAAGAGGAGAAGACACCUGACUUAAUCUCACAGCUUUCAUCAGUCAAAAAUGCCAGAAAAGGGGAAAAAGAAGAAGAGGAAGAGGAGGAAGAAGAUUUAGACCCUCUUGGUAUAAUCAAAACUAAAAAAACAAAGAAGGCAUCUGCUCCUCCAGCCAAGGAAGAGAAGCCCAAAUCAACCAUUUUUGAAGAGGAAGUAGAUCCAGAUGAAGGACUCUUCGGCCCAGAAAAAGAUUUCUCAUCAAUUGGUCCCAGGAAGAAGAUGAAAGAGAAUCUGAAAUUAUUUGAAGAUCCAGACCUCGGUGGGGUGGUAAGACUGGGUGAUUCACUACUGCUGCCAGAUGCCUGUAAGAACAUGGAGUAUGUGCUGACCACAGGUCCUGAGGAGGACACUGAGGAAUUGCUGAGAGUUGAAGAUGAUAUAGAAAAGCUCUUGAAAAUAACCUCCAACCCAAAACCUAAGGUACCAUCAAAGCCACCAGUGCCUCAGAAGCCAGCAGUUGCCCCACAGACCGCUAAUUCAACUCCGCUGACAAAGCCAAAGGAAAACAGGAUUCAGACAAUGAACGAAAUGGACAUUCUCCAGUAUAUCCAGGAAAAUGAAUCUAUCAACAACCAAGAUACAAGUCUUUUCUGAAGAUAUUUUUAAAAUGUAAUGUUGCCUUCUUGGCCCAAGCUUGCAGUGAGCUCAAGUGAUGGUAGCAAGAGCUGACCUUUACUGUCACAGUAAAGCCAUAAUAUAGAGAGCAGCAAGUUUGGCCAACAGAGACAUGAUAUUUUCAAAAUAGUGCAGGUGCAGUAUAAUGUUGCCUUCAUUGUUCAGGGGUUUAUAGGCAAUGGGGACAAACUAUAGCAUUAUAGAUUGCUGCUGCUUUAUUCUCAACAUAGUACAGUUUGGGGCAGUUUAAUCCUGACUGGACAUGAUAAGCCUGUUUGUUGCACAUGUGGCAGCUGUGAAUAGUGUCCAAGGACUAGUUUGAGGCAGGACAGGUUGCUAUUCUUGUCAUUGUAGAUACUGUAAUUCAGCUCACUGAAAAGGUCAUUUUCUUUGCAUCCUGUGCAUUUUUUGUAGCAGCCCUUUGCUCCCUGGCUGGUAUUUCAGGAAUUUUUAUUCUGGAACUGGUAAGUAUAGGCAGCAGUUCCUCAGUAGCUCAGAGAAACACUGAAAUCCCUGCUAAGCCUGGCAAUCCGCUGCCUUUGUUGUUGCACAAAUGCCAACUUGUAAGAGAACUUGUAGGGCUGCAAACACUAGAUGCUAUGCAAUUCUGGCCCCUGGGGAGAAUAGCACAUGAAUGAGGAUGGUUAAGAGUGCAGCUCCAGAUGUAUGGGAAGAUUGCAAUGUGUAGGAGGUUUAGAUGCAAUAGGACUCUUGUGAACCUACUCAAAAUUCAUAAGGGCUGUAUUUUUCCAGUUAGUGGAGAGAAAGAGAUUUCUGCAGGAGGUGAUUCAGUGCAGUUACACUAAUGAAGGAACUCUGAAUUGCUCUCUGGAGUCACUCUCUUCUUGCCUUCUUCCAGAGUUAAAAGAAAGCAGCCAUGGUGAUUGAUUCUACUAAGCUAAAAUGAGUUAUUUUGGUAAAACUAUGGCAAUGGAAGGACAAAUCUGGGAUUAUCCAGAGGGAAAAAAAAACAGGAAGAAAAUAUA